AUGUCAACGGGCCGAGCUCGCCGGGCCAUCCCGCCCGGUGGCCAUGCCUCUAAGGAGGACCUUAUGCUUGCUGUGACUAAUAGUUGGCCUAUUCGCCAACUUGACUCCUGCCUUUUAGAAUUCGUUCUGACUGUGAUCUUCAACUCUAUGCGUGGUGUGAUUCGGAUUUCAGAUUUCGUCGUUUAUUGUUUCUGUCUGAUGGCUGCGAGUGCCAAUCCGUCAUCAGGCGGCCAUAGCAACGCCUGCAACGGCAGUACAAAUGGCGGGAAGAGUAACGGCGCCGGUAGAGAGAAUGGGAAUGGCGCCGGCGGCGUCUCAGCGGACAACCCGGUGGCGGGACCCACACAGGUGGCUCUCCGCCACAAUCCCGGCCUGUCGCUAGAUUGGACGCACGAGGAGCAGUCUAUACUCGAGGAUUUGCUGGCAAAGUCGGCUCCCGGAGCUUUGUUUGUGCUGCUUGAUCUUACUUGGUAUCCAUGUCGCUUAGACGAAGACUUGACCGAAAAUCUUUGUAGUCUAACCUUAGCCACCCCAUUAAGACAAUACUGCAUUGACCCUUUUGUUCGUGGUAGCCAUACGUAUGCCUCAGAAUCCACUGUUGUUCGUUAUGCUAAAAUUGCUCAGGCGUUGAGUGAUAAAACUGUUCGAGAUGUUGCAUUACGUUGCAGAUGGAUGAGUAAAAAGGAGAACGGAAAGCGGAGGAAAGAUGAGAACAGUUCAAGGAAGAACAAAGAUAAAAAGGAAAAAGUUACAGAGCCAAAAUCUUCUCAAGUUGCAAACCGCUCCAAUGGCCAUCCCUAUGCUCAGUCAAUGAUGUCAGCGGACAGUGAUGAUGGAAUCUCAUUUAAAGGUUACUUCUAUGAAUCUGGUGAUAAUCUUAUUAGCUCGUGUUGUUUUUCAUUGAGAAUCAAAAUGACUUCCAAUAAUAGUGAUCUUUUGGGCAUAACUGUCAUUCUUACAUUAUCUUCCCCCGCUUCAGUUUCUAACCAAAUAAGAUAUGAACUUUACACGUUAAGCAACCUUAUAUUCAAAUGUAUUUCAGCUAUUGGUGGAGCUGCUGGGCAGCUUCUUGAGCAAAAUGCUCAGGCGUUGGAUCAAAUUUCGGCCAAUUUUUCUGCCUGCAAGAUUCAUGAGAACAUCAAUCUUUUCUGUCAAGCUCGGAGUAAUAUUGUUUCACUCUUAAAUGACUUAAGUGACAUGCCGGAAAUAAUGAAGCAGAUGCCACCUCUUCCGGUGAAGCUGAAUGAAGACCUUGCAAACUCCAUUCUUCCUCAUACAUUCAUGCCGAAUAAACCUUGAGAUAUCCUCAUAUAGGUAGCAUCCGGGUCAUUAGAGAUUUCAUUUAGAAGUCAGUUUGCCCGUCUCAUGCUGAAUCUAAAUAUCUGUAAAGAUGUGCCCCACUACAUUUUUAUGUAGUUGUGGCAAAAUAAGUUGGCUGAUCACCUCAAGUUUAGCUUCAAGUGUUAUCUGAAGGUGGUGUUUAACUUUUGCUUAUCGUUCAAGUCUGUUGAUGUUUCUUUGAAAAUAGUCUAGCGUAGAGUUCAUUUUUAUGACUGUAAAUAAGGGUAGGCGUAAAUAAUUUGACGUUCAAGUGUCAGCUGUGUAGUUAUCGUCCGAGCAUGUAAACUUGCAAAACUCUGCAUUUCUUAACUUCCAAUAACUGAUUAGAUGAUUGUUUCUGUUGCUCUCUCCUUUUUUUUUUUUU